AUGAUACAGAGUGAGAAACAAAAACAUCGCGGCGACGAGGAGGUAGUUAAAGAACUGUGCAUGGUCAAUGGGGUCUCCUAUGAAAAAAUUGCUCAAGAAGGGGGCAACAUCAGCUCCCUGGAGAUCUUCUUCUCCGGUUUUCCUCGCAUGGUUGGGCUUUCAUUCUUCCCAAGACUGCGCCAGCUUACCAUAGUAGGCCAGAACAUAAAACACAUUGAGGGUCUUGAGUGCUGUCCUUUGCUCCAAGAGCUCUGGGUAGUCCAGUGUCAUCUGACUGAAAUAUCUGGAUUGCAGAAUUGCCUUCAACUAGAGAAACUCUAUCUAUACGAUAAUCAAAUCUGUGAAAUAAAUAAUUUGGAAUUGCAGAUUAACAUAGAAGUCCUGUGGCUCAACAAUAACUGCAUAACACAGAUACAGGGCUUGAACACGCUUCUAAACCUCAAAGAGCUAAACCUUGCUGACAAUAAUAUUGAAAAGAUUGGGCAUAGCCUUGAUCCUAACGUCAGUCUUCAGCAUAUUAAUCUGUCUGGGAACAAGAUCAGCUCCUUUAAGGAGCUGACCCUGCUUGCCCGUUUACCUCAUCUGAGAGAACUAGCACUGAAGGACCCCACGUCAACCCCAAACCCAGUGUGUCUGCUGUGUAACUAUGCCACACACGUUCUUUACCACAUGCCGGGCCUCCUGCGUCUUGACACCUACGAUGUCUCAAGCAAGCAAGUCAAGGAGGCAGCUGAGUCUACUGUGAUGAAGAAGAUGAUGUAUUACAACAUGCGUGUGCGCACUGCUCAGAGGAAUCUGGCAGAGGCCCGGUUCAGUUUUAUAGAGAAGAAGAAAACCUUGUUGCAGUUUCCUGAAGAAUGCAUCAGAACACUCAAUCGCACCCUCAAAAAUCUUGAACGUGAGCUCUACAAGAAGCCGGCUGGCUGCAAGAAGUCUGCGUGUACGUCUGAGGAUGGACCUCUCCAUCUGGUGGAAGGUUUAACUGACAAAAGUGACCCAAACACUGACGUCAGUUGUGAUCCCACCACAGAGAAAAAAAUACUCCGAAAGAUCGAAUUACUGAAGGAGAGGCUGAUGCUAUGGACCAGGAGACUGGAUGAAAUUGAAUGUUGGUAUGAGUGGGAUUUGGGCCGAGCUACAAACAGAAUGGAGUAUACUGUCCAGUUUCUGCUGAUGGAGUUAGAAAGUGUUGGAAAUAUUCGUUUGGAAGAAGGCUGCUCCACAGACCCUUGGUUUACUUCCUGUUGUGACCUCCUGCUUUCCCGCUUCUCUCAUUUGGACUACAAGAUUCACCGCAUCACUGGCAUUAAGAUAACUAGAGUUAUCCGCAUCCACAACAGUGCUUUGAGGCUUCGCUUUGAGGACAGACUACAUACCCUGCUAGCCAGUGAAGAGUCUGUUACCUUUUCACAGACUUACAGACGACGGCUGGAGCAUUUAUUCUACAUUGCUUACCCUGCAAAAAACAGUGAGGAUGACGACAUUUUGUGCAUUCUAGAGGAAGGCUUCAAAACGCCAGAACAAUUGAAGGCCUUGGGAAGAGAAGGUGCGAUACCUUUAUCCAAUAGCCUGAUUGUGUCCGAACAGCCCAGAAUUGAGUACGCACUCCGCCAGGCCCACCAAGGGCACUCCAAGAACAGUACGGACACAAUCCCCUUCAGACACGGGCAGGUUAGUGUCUGCAAAGUGUUCGUGGGCCACAGCACACCAAUCCGAGAGGGAGAAACUGUGGAAAGAAGCAACUAUCCCAAAGCUUUCUCUGUAUAUUGCAAUGUGGACAUUAAACCCCGCUCCUCCAAAACACACACUGGUUCUGAGUGCAGUCCCCGACGAAGACAGUGGUUCGUGUUUGAUCAUGAGCUUGUCUUGCCUGAGUACAUCAUAUAUUUUGAAUACAUCACUGGGGACCAAGAACAACCUGCAUUGCCGGGCCGUAACACAGACAGACAUGGUACUCCUUCCAAUGAUAUCAUCCUGGACAAGGGAGUCCUCAACAUGGAACCUGUGCUGAAACCGCAGCCCAGGUUGUUGAGCUUGGAUGAAAAAAUUCUCCUUAACGUGGCCAGAGCCAAUGUCCUCAGUCAGAUCACUGUGCUGAACCUCCACGGCAACAGUCUGAGCAAAAUAAAAGAAAUUUCCCGCAUCACAGCUCUGCGGCAUCUAACCAUCAGCUUCAACGAGUUCACACGCCUGGAUGACAUUUCUCACAUGCCCAACCUUGAGUUUUUGGAUGCCAGCUAUAACCGCCUAGUGACUCUAGAGGGGCUGAGAGGGUUGGGGCAGCUCAAAGAGCUUGACGUGCGGUGGAACAAGUUGACCAAUGCCAGAGAGGAUACAGCUGUGCUGAGAAAACACACACCUGCCCUGCUGAAACUAGACACCCGAUACAAUCCCUGGAACAGGUCGGAGGCAGUCAGAAUGACUGUAUUGGGCCGUCUCACGACUCUCACACACCUGGACGAUGUGCUGGUAGCAGAGGAAGAGGCUGCUGAUGCUGUUCAGAUGGCUGCUGCAUCCAAGAUUAACCAGACAUCUCUUCUGGCUCACUCACGUACUAACAGUGAACGUCCCCGCAGUCUCAGCUUGCUGUCAACAGCCCACCUCCUGCGUCUACUCAGUCCAGCACCCUGGGGCCUCAACCGAGACCUGGGGCCAGACUGGACUGCAAAGAUAACUGCCCUGAACCUUGACAGCCAAAGGAUUUCUAAGCUGAUCAAUCUGAAUAAACUGGUCAACCUGCGGUGGGCUUCUUUCAAUGAUAAUGACAUCUCUAAAGUGGAGGGGCUGGAUAGCUGCCUGAAGCUGGAAGAGCUCCUCCUCAACAACAACAACAUCAGCACACUCAAUGGACUCUCAAACCUGCACUGUUUAAAUAAACUGAGUUUAGAUGGAAAUCAUCUCUCUAGUCUGGACACCUCGGUCCUUGACCAGCUACCCAACUUGUUCUUUCUGUCUGUGGAGAAUAACUGUAUCACGUCCCUGUAUGGCAUCCACAGAGUUCGCUCACUUCUUGAGCUUUAUGUUGGGAACAACCAGAUUUGUAUAUCACGAGAUAUCUACUAUCUAAAGGGAUUGACAAAUCUCAUCAUUUUGGAUCUUUAUGGGAAUCCUUUAUUGGAGAGGCUAGAAAACUACCGGAUAUAUGUGGUGUUCCACAUGCCCUCCUUAAAAGCACUGGAUGGUGUUGCAGUGGAAGUGACAGAGUGUGAAAGUGCAAAGGACAUGUUUGGAGGGCGCCUAACCAAUGACAUGGUAGCAGAAAAGUUGGGCCACUCAAACUACACAGACAUCACCUACCUCAACCUGCAGUCCUGCUCCAUAAGGAUGGUUGAUCUAUCCCCAGCUGACCUGUUCUCUAGCCUGCGCAGUGUCAACUUAGACCACAACAACCUCACCUCCUUCUCAGGCCUCAUCUACCUCCCCAACAUAAAAGCUCUGUGUUUAAAUUACAACCACAUUGAGUCCAUCCUGCCCAGGCAGAAGACUCAUCUGACAAACAGACAGUUACUUUACAGCAAAGUCCACUCCAGUGGUUACGGCCAACAGAACCCAUCCAAAGGCAACAGGGAAGCUGGGCCCACUGGCAGCCUCGAGCCUCUGAUGGGCAGCCUGGAGGUGUUGCAUUUGAGUUACAAUGGCAUCUCCAAUAUGGCCAAUCUGCAGCUCAGCAGGCUCACCAAUCUUAAAGCACUCUUCCUUCAAGGUAAUGAGAUCAGCCAGGUGGAGGGCUUGGAGGGUCUUCACCAGCUCCGAGAGCUUGUGCUAGACAGGAACAGGAUCAAAGCCCUGGCUGAGAACUCUUUCAUAGCGCAGAGUGUCCUGCUAGAACUGCACCUAGCAGAGAAUCGGAUCCGGGAGCUCAACCAUUUAAAUCCUCUGAUGGAGCUCCGCAAGCUUUUCCUCGGCAUGAACAAGCUGCAGGACAUCACAGAGCUCGACAAACUAGAAGUUCUUCCCUCACUAACGGAGCUCUCUGUUGUUGGCAAUCCUGUGGCACGCAAUUCUCUCCACAGGCCUGCAGUCGUGCUUCGUCUGUCACGGUUGCAGGUCCUGGAUGGAGUGAUGGUCACACUGGAAGAAAGGACCAGAGCUGAACUCCUCACUGCAGAUGCAUCAUGCCCUGGAGCUUCUCUUCUUGCCACUGAAAUAAAUCUACCUGGACUCCUACCCCUCAUGCCUCGUAACACUCCUCUAAGAGGAAUGAGUAUAAGUGGAGGCCUGCAGAACUUAAUGUGUGGUCAUGAUAUCCUUCCAAGUAACAUGGACGAGGCCCAACCUCAUUACACACACAAAUACAGGAAGCACAAGCACAGUAAUGCUGGUCGAAGCGGCCAAAGUGACAUUACCCUCAGACAUAUCCGAAGGACAGGAAGCAACCUGCCAACCACGGGUCUCCUUCUUGAUGGGAACAGAGUCAUCAUCACGUAUCCCAACCAGGAGCAAGACAGCAGCAUUAAGCUGGGCUAA